CGUAAGCCGUGGGAACGUCUAAGAGAGUUUCCUCACCUCAGCAAACCCUUCCCUGGGAAGACUGGAAAUGCCCCAGGGGUCAGGAGAGCUCUGGCAGGUAGCCAUGGGACCAUGGGAAGUGGCCUGUUUAAUACUGACACCACCCUUUUUGAGGGAGCCCUGAGAAAUAAAAUGAACGAAUAUAACAAAACAGAAACAGACUCACAGAUACAAAGAACAAACUAGUGUUAUGGGAGGGGGAGGGGAUUAAGAGGUACAAACUACUACGUAUAAAAUAAAUGAUACAAAAAUGCAAUGUACAGCUCAGGGAUAUAGCCAAUAUUUUAUAGUAACUAUGGAAUAUAAUCCAUAAGACUGUCAAGCCGCUGUGUUGUACACCUGAAACUACUAUAAUUUUUUUGAGGAUAGGUAAAUUUUAUUUUCAAGAUGAGGGAAUCAUAGAAAUUCUAGUUAAAAUUCUGAAGACCCGAAGUGUGCACAUUGAAAGCAUAGAAUAUUCCUGAGGGAAAAUGGAGUACAUACAAGGUUUAGUAACAAACCUAGAAUAACUGAAGUCAAACUACUAUAAUAUUUAAGUCAGCUUCCUCCAACAGUGAGAGAGAGGAGGGGCUCUGUUCAGCUAGGCUUGCUACAACAAAGAAAGCGAGUGCCCGCAUCCAAGCCCUUCUCUGCCGCCCCACCUGUUUCUGGAUUUCAGAGUACCAUCAGGCUUCAGUUCCACCUUAGAAGCAGAAGGAGUACGUCCCAGCUGCUCUGUUCUCCUUAAGGAGCAAGGACUAAUUCCAAGAAGUAGCAUUUCAGGAUCAAAAGGCACUUUCGGAGGCGGGGCCAUGCUCACGUUCAUGGCCUCUGACAGCGAGGAAGAAGUGUGUGACGAGCGGACAUCACUGAUGUCGGCUGAGAGCCCCACGCCGCGCUCCUGCCAGGAGGGCCGGCAAGGCCUGGAGGAUGGAGAGAGUGCUGCCCAGUGGCUGAAUGUCUCCAUGGAAUUCUCCCUGCAAAGAACUGAUAACAAAGCAACGAGAAGCCAGGAUAGCGAGGAGGACCACGAGGAGGACCCUGACCGCUAUGUCUGCAGUGGGGUUCCCGGGCGGCCGCCGGGCCUGGAGGAGGAGCUGACCCUCAAAUAUGGGGCAAAGCACGUGAUCAUGCUGUUUGUGCCUGUCACACUGUGCAUGAUUGUGGUGGUGGCCACCAUCAAAUCUGUGCGCUUCUACACGGAGAAGAAUGGACAGCUCAUCUACACGCCGUUCACUGAGGACACGCCCUCUGUGGGCCAGCGCCUCCUCAACUCCGUGCUCAACACCCUCAUCAUGAUCAGCGUCAUUGUCAUCAUGACCAUCUUCCUGGUGGUGCUGUACAAGUACCGCUGUUACAAGUUCAUCCACGGCUGGCUGAUCAUGUCCUCCCUGAUGCUGCUGUUCCUCUUCACCUACAUCUACCUCGGGGAAGUACUCAAGACCUACAAUGUGGCCAUGGACUACCCUACCCUGUUCCUGACCGUCUGGAACUUCGGGGCAGUGGGCAUGGUGUGCAUCCAUUGGAAGGGCCCCCUGGUGCUGCAGCAGGCUUACCUCAUCAUGAUCAGCGCACUCAUGGCCCUGGUGUUCAUCAAGUACCUCCCGGAGUGGUCCGCCUGGGUCAUCCUGGGCGCCAUCUCCGUGUACGAUCUCGUGGCUGUGCUGUGCCCCAAAGGGCCACUAAGAAUGCUGGUGGAAACUGCCCAGGAGAGAAAUGAGCCCAUAUUUCCUGCCCUGAUAUAUUCAUCUGCCAUGGUGUGGACCGUGGGCAUGGCCAAGCUGGAUCCCUCUUCACAGGGAGCCCUUCAGCUCCCCUACGACCCAGAGAUGGAAGAAGACUCCUAUGACAGUUUUGGGGAGCCCUCGUACCCUGAAGUCUUUGAGCCCCCUCUGCCUGGCUACCCCGGGGAGGAUCUGGAGGAAGAGGAGGAAAGGGGCGUGAAGCUCGGCCUUGGAGACUUCAUCUUCUACAGCGUGCUGGUGGGCAAGGCGGCGGCCACAGGCAGCGGGGACUGGAACACCACGCUGGCCUGCUUCGUGGCCAUCCUCAUUGGCUUGUGUCUGACCCUCCUGCUGCUCGCCGUGUUCAAGAAGGCGUUGCCUGCGCUUCCCAUCUCCAUCACGUUCGGGCUCAUCUUCUACUUCUCCACAGACAACCUGGUGCGGCCCUUCAUGGACACCCUGGCCUCCCACCAGCUCUAUAUCUGAAGGGAGGCGCGGGCACUGCGGGCUGGAAACUGUAGAAAAUCGUACCUGGACACACUUGUAUAGUUUUACACUCUAGUGUCAUAUAUUUUUAAGACUUUUCUUUCCUUAAAAAAGAAAAAAAGAAUAAAAAAGCGUGUUUACUUCAUGAAGAAGAAGAACCAGCUUUUUGGUGCUAGUUGUUUUGUCACCGGACGGCGGCUCACCCCUCCCGAGCACUGGCUUCACUGACGGAAAACGUGGGAAGUCGGUCCGGAUGCACUGAGGAAGGACGUGGAAGGGGUGUGGGCAAGGCCGCCGCUCUGGCUUCGCAGCAUGGAGUCCUGAGGGCCCCCAAGGAGGAAGGGUGUGUGUGUUUGGGACCAGGAGUUCACGCCCGGGGUGGCACAUAGUGCCUGGUCACUCUGCCCGGAGAAGAAAAGCCGAUUUUCUCUGCAAGGAAAGUCCCAAAUGCUUUGUCUAUGAUGUUGUCAUUAUUUUAUUACCUUUAGAAACGGAGUCCUUGUUGCAGCAGUCACUGCUGGAAAGUGUCUUAAUAUCAAUAAAGAGAUGAAUCCUGUUGGAA